AUGGCUCCUUCAUCCGGCCUCGGGCAACAUCCUCACCUUCCUGCCAUGAUCGCGCGCCAUGACGACCGUCCACUAUACGCAUUGGCCAUGCGUGGACAAGAGGAGCACGGCCACUUGUUUAGUAGCAUUGCCGAAAUAGCCGACACCUAUCACAUCCACGUGAAGCGAGUUCAGCCUCAGGGACCGCAUGUUCCGAUCGGAUACUCACUGGAUUCAACGAUUAGCUCUGAACUGGCUAAGAGAAUUGAGGCUGGCGGCGACGCCAUCGCAUUCUGUGGUGGCAUCGACUCGCCGCCCCAUGUCAUCCCGCUAAUGAAGGAGAUUGACUGGACUGCUGGCGCUCUCAGAGUGGCCUAUUUCUUAAGACUCAUUGAGCAGGAUGAUAUUUUCAAGUGCGAGAAGGAAAUGAAGGGCUGGUCUUCGAAACAGGUCGUGGACAAACCGUUCGAAGUAGCCAGUCCAGAAGAGCAGGCUCGACUCAAUCUCAACCCUGAGCAGCUGAUCUCAAUUGUCUACUCUACCAAAAACUUUGGUAAGAAGAACCAGUCGAGUGGUUAG